UCCCCCCAAUCAAUUGUCUUUUUUUCAGAUGCUGUCGUAAGAAGUAAAAUUUUUAAAUAUUUCCGAUUUUCUUGGAUGAAUUAAGUAUAUAUUAGUGGAUUUGUGACUAAUUAUAAUGGAUAAGUGUGGUAUCUGCGAAAAACCUGCUAGUCAACUAUUUGAAACAGGGCGGGAAGGAGUGUAUGCAUGUUUUAAAUGCCAGCCAUUAGUGCCAGAAGUAACCCUAGAAGAUAAUGCAGAAACAGGAACCGAGACAAAUAUGGUAGAAAUUGAAGUAGAAGCUACCAGUGCAGAGGGGUGCAAUGAGUCCCACUACUGUGGUAUUUGUGACAAAACGUUCCAGAAGGCCCUGCAGCUCCAGAACCACCUGCGCAACCACCGCGCCGAGAGGAGAUUCGUAUGCACUUUCUGCAGUAAAGCUUUCUCACAAUCGAAUAACUUGCGAGCUCACCUCCGCAUUCACACAAACGAGCGACCGUUCAAAUGUACAGAAUGUGGGAAAGCUUUCACCCAGGUGACAAACUUGAACAACCACGUGCGUCUACACACCGGCGAGCGACCGUUCGUGUGUCCCGAGGCCGGCUGCAACAAAGCGUAUGCGCAGGUAACGAACCUAAAUCAACAUCGUAAGAGACAUCUCAACGGCCGGCCCGUAGAAAACACGUAUGACUGCAACAUUUGUGGGGAACAGUUCCAGCAGCGAAACCACAUGUAUACUCACAGACGAGAAGUACACCCCAAGGCUUCAAAUCCACCAGUGAGACAACGCCACGUCUGCAGCUUAUGCGACGCUGUGUUACCCAGUGAGAAACUACUGCUACGGCAUGUAAAUCACCAUGUCGAGCAAAACAAUGAGAAAGAGUCCGGAGAUCAGAAAGCGGACGAGGGCUCCCUGCCGUGCGUGUUCCCGUCGUGCGGCGCGCGGCUGCCGUCGGCGCGCGCGCACACCGAGCACCUGCUGCGCGCGCACCAGCUGCGCGUGCUGGCCGCCGCCGCGCCGCGCCGCCGCGGCCGCCCGCCCAAGGUGUCCCAGAAACAAGAAAUGGAAGUGGACCCGCUGGAAAUUACAGAUUCAGAUUUUACACAGGUGAAAUCAAUGAAAGUACAAUUCUUGCCCAAGUUAAAAAUUCAAAGCUUGUUCCAAUGAGUGGCCGUGAGCUGUUGUUGAUAUUGAUUAUAACUGAAUAAUAAAAAUGAUCUUUCAUACAAUUAUAUCGGCGUCCCUCUCUAGGGAUACCAGUGUGACAAGGACGACGAUGGAUUGCAGGUUGGACGAUUCAUUAUGUGAAAUUGAGUAUGAGUGCAGUGCGUACUUAAAAUUUUAUUAAUUCACUUCACUGCACUUUGUAUAGAAUUUAUCAAUUUGUACAGCUUAUUAUUUUGGUAAUGUAGGUAAGCCUAACUUUUAUAUAUCGUGAGAUCAGUUUGAUUAUGAGGUGAAGACGGGUUUGUGCAGAAAAUGUACAGGGAAGUUUCCAGUGAGGUAAAUACUAAAAUAGCGCCCGAAAUAAAAGUAAUUCUACUUGUUAUUUGGACCAAAUAAUUUCUCUUCUUCAAAUAUGGCGAUAAUCGAAAUACAUGAAAUCGAAAAUCCGUGAAAACGACGGAAAAUUAUGAAAACUUCGUUAAAAAAUAUACCAUAAAUCUUCUUCAUUUUGUCUAGUAAGUAGGCAAAGGUCGAGGCAGGCCGAAGAAAUCAUUGCUAAAGUUGGAAAGUGGACCCUGGGUCCCGAAGGUUUACAGUGGAGGGUGCAACUAACACAAAGAUGAGAGAAGUGAAAUGUAACCCUGGAAACGUCCCUAUUUAAAAUGAUCUCCAAAUUAUGAAUAACUCGACUCGAAUUAUGAAUGCUCGUUUAGAUUUGCAUUUAUUUUGAAAAUUUUAUUAUUAUCAUGGUACUUCCGCAAAUACAAGGCACCCCAGUGCGUUAUGGCGACUGUACAUUUUGGGCGAGAUGAACUAGGCGAUGCUGAAUGUUUUACCAUUAUUGGCGUAC